AUGGCAAUCAUUUUUCAAGUCUUUAUUGAGAGAAAUCAUCAAUUUUAAUUAAAAUGUAUAUAAGGAUGUAAGAAAUGUACUUAUGGUAUUUAUUAUGAUGACUAUCCAAAUGGAGAAAUGAAUAUUGAUGGUAUUUGCUAUUCAAUUCGUAGUGAUGAGAAUAAAAUAUAGUUUGAUGGAUGCUUUAAUUGUAAAUUUCAUCAGCAUUGUGUUAUUUUUUUUUGA